GCGCAGUGAUUCUUUCUCUUCACUUCAAACAUUAUUCACAGAAAACUCAAAUCGUUUCCAUCAAACUUCAAACAUUAUUCCAAACCCUCAAAAUUAAUCCUGAUGAAUACUAUAGAAUUCAGAGGUAAUCGAAGAACAGAUCCAACAACUUAAUCGACAACAAGACAAGAAUCUGUACAUCUGACGUGACCUUACUCCAUAAAUACAAUUUUCACAGAUCAUCCAAUCACCGAAAGUGGUAUAUAUAUACUGUUUGCUGCUCACACAGUCAUCUCAGCUCGCUGUAUUAUCAAUUUCCUCCUCAUUCUCCUCGACAAGUUCAUAUCUUUUGCCUCUAGAUUCGUUGCGAGAUACUGCUUGGGAAGCAUGUCUUCGAGUAUUCUCGUGACCGGCGGCGCCGGCUACAUUGGCAGCCACACCGUUCUGCAGCUGUUGCUCGGCGGCUACAAGGUGGUUGUGGUUGAUAAUUUGGACAAUGCGUCGGAAAUUGCGCUCACGAGGGCCCAGGAACUUGCUGGGGAGAAGGGGUCCAAUCUCACUUUCCAUAAGAUAGAUCUCCGGGACAAGCCUGCACUUGAGAAGCUUUUUUCUUCUCAAAAGUUUGAUGCCGUUAUUCACUUUGCCGGAUUAAAAGCAGUUGGCGAAAGUGUGCAAAAACCCUUGCUGUAUUAUGACAACAACCUUAUUGGUACUAUAGUUCUGCUGGAGGUCAUGGCUGCCCAUGACUGUAAAAGGCUAGUGUUUUCAUCCUCUGCUACUGUGUAUGGUUCACCGAAAACGGUCCCAUGCACAGAGGAGUUUCCCAUUAGUGCUCUGAAUCCUUAUGGAAGGACAAAGCUUUUCAUCGAAGAGAUAUGCCGUGAUCUUUACCAGUCAGACCCCACGUGGAAGAUCAUUUUACUAAGGUACUUCAACCCAGUUGGUGCACAUCCUAGUGGUUAUAUUGGCGAAGACCCUAGAGGAAUCCCAAACAACCUUAUGCCCUUUGUACAACAAGUGGCUGUUGGAAGGCGACCUGCACUCACAGUUUAUGGAACUGACUACGGGACAAAGGACGGAACAGGAGUGCGUGACUAUAUCCAUGUCGUGGAUCUAGCAGAUGGCCAUAUUGCAGCUUUGAACAAGCUCUCUGAUCCUUCUGUAGGAUGUGAGGUGUACAAUCUUGGGACAGGGAAAGGUACAUCUGUUUUGGAAAUGGUAGCUUCUUUUGAGAAAGCAUCUGGGAAGAAACUUCCAUUGGUGAUGGCUGAUCGACGACCUGGUGAUGCCGAGAUCGUGUAUGCUGAGACAGACAAAGCUGAAAAGGAGCUGAAGUGGAAGGCGAAAUAUGGGAUCGACGAGAUGUGCAGGGACCAGUGGAACUGGGCUAGCAAGAAUCCAUAUGGAUAUGAACCUGCCAAGUGAAGUUGUGCAUUGUAAUAGUUGUCUUUUGUACCAGAAAUCUCUGGCACAGUGAGUGUUAUUAUGAGAGUGGGAAUGCUGUAUGUUUAUGUUUUCAAACUCAAAACACCCUAAACUUAAUAAAAUGCUGGACACAUUACUUUUUUCUCA